UGUGAGAGAGUGGAUAGGCUGUCCCCGUGUGUGUGUCUUCUUACUAUUGUUUUUCUCCCGGAUGGACAAACCGACUUCAGAUCAACUUUAGAUCUUUUUACUUUUCAGACCAGGACGGACCAAAGACGAUUUUGAAACUUUAAAAAAAAUCUUUUGAACAUUUUCCGGCUUUGUUUCCUUUUGUUAUCCGGACUGAUUUGUGUUGAUGGCGCGGUCUACCCAACAUGGACACGGGUUGUCUGCCGGUGGGAGACUAGACAACGGCUUCACCCUUUAAUCCUAAAUGUAGACUUUAUUUAAUUAUCCGCUGAAAUCGUGUUAUUUAUCCACUGGAUGUAACCGGACUGGGUCAUUUUCACCCCAGAGGUCACAUCCUAUAAUGAACAUUUUCCCACUGGAGUUUCGGUGAACUUUUCCCACGACUCGCCAUGUCGGGAGUGGUCCGCACCCUGAGCCGCUGCCUGCUCCCGGCCGAGGCCAGUCGGGACCCUGGCAGCAGCAAGGAGGGCAGCCGGGAGAGGGACGCGGCGCAGGAGCGGGAGGCGCGGCGCAGGAGCCGGGAGAUAGACGCGAUGCUCGCCCGGGAGAGGAGAGCCGUCCGCCGGCUGGUGAAGAUCCUCCUGCUCGGGGCCGGAGAGAGCGGAAAGUCCACAUUCCUCAAACAGAUGCGCAUCAUUAACGGGCAAGAGUUUGAUAAAAAGGCACUUCUGGAUUUCCGGGACACUAUCUAUGAGAAUAUACUGAAGGGCAUGCGUGUGCUGGUGGAUGCCCGGGACAAGCUGGGCAUCGGCUGGCAGGCCUGCGAGAACGAGAAGCAGGGCAUGCUGGUGAUGUCGUGGGAGGGGCGCGUGGGCGGCUCGGGGGUGGAGCCCAGUGAGUUUCAGCUGUACGUGAUGGCACUGAGCGCGCUCUGGGCGGACGCUGGCAUCCAGGAGGCCUACGCAAGACGCUCUGAGUUCCAACUGAGUGAGUCAGUGAAAUACUUCCUGGAUAACUUGGACCGCAUUGGCCAACUGAGCUUUAUCCCAAGCAAGCAGGACAUUUUGUUCGCGAGGAAGGCGACAAAGGGAAUCGUCGAGCACGACUUUGUCAUCAAGAAGAUUCCUUUCAAGAUGGUGGAUGUGGGCGGGCAGCGGUCCCAGAGACAGAAGUGGUUUCAGUGUUUCGACGGGAUCACAUCGAUACUCUUCAUGGUGUCAUCGUCAGAGUACGAUCAGGUCCUGAUGGAGGAUCGGAGGACAAACCGUUUGGUGGAGAGCAUGAACAUAUUCGAGACGAUCGUCAACAACAAGCUCUUCCUCAACGUGUCCAUCAUCCUCUUCCUCAACAAAACAGACCUGCUGGUGGACAAGAUUCGCACGGUGGACAUACGCAAGAACUUUCCAGAGUUCAGAGGAGAUUCACACCGGCUAGAGGACGUACAGGCAUUCCUGGUGCAGUCGUUCAGCCGUAAGAGGAGAAACCGAGGGAAGCCGCUCUUCCACCACUUCACCACUGCAGUAGACACAGAAAAUAUCCGAUUUGUCUUCCACGCCGUCAAGGACACCAUCCUGCAGGAAAACCUCAAAGAUAUCAUGCUGCAGUGACCUUCACGCUGCAGACGACGACUUCUCUGACUGUUAACUGUGAAACCAGCCAUGAAUCCAGGGCCUGGAGGACACUACAGCCCUAAAGUGCAUAUUAACACUGACCUGUGGAGCACUCUGUGGAUUUUAACUGAACCUGUGGAGCCCUGAAGGGACUCCGGACCCGUCAGCCCCUGUGGAAACUGUGAGGGUCACAGAGGACGAGACCCUGCAUUUAACCUGUAUAAAUGUGUGUAUGCUGGAAAAGACAGUCACCUUCUUGUAGUUCUUAAGUGUUCUCGUCCUCAUACACAGGUUAGAAAAUGGUUUUAAAAAAAGAAAAAAAAUUGAGAAAAGCACCAAUUACAUGAGCACUGAAAGUGUUUUUUUCUCAGAUGUAUAUAUAUAUAUAUAUAUAUAUAUAUGACUAAUGACAACCCUGUCACUAAACCUAAACGUCACACUGCUGCCGGUUGAAAUGAGCAAGAAGCGGGAGGGGAAAAGGGAGGAAAGACAGAAAGAUUAGGAGAAGCGAGCUGAAGAAUGCUUUGUGCUAAUGUCCAUGUGACGGAGGGAGAGGGGUGAGGGUUUGGGCUCAUACUGGUCAUAUGCUGUGUUAUGUGAUAAGGUUGCACAAGUGUUCCUGUCAGUGAACUUUAACAGAGGGAAGAGAUGAGUCUCUCUCCUAUGCUGCCUCUUCCUCUCUGUCUUUACCUCUCCUCCUGCCCUGCUCGUGUUUAUUCCUCCUUCCGCCAUCACACGAGAGAAGAACAGCUGCCGAUAACAAGUCUUAUCCCUCUCGUCCCGUAACUCUCCUCUCCUCCUCGGCACAAUAGACAGCUUGUUCGUCUAGAAAGUCAAAUUAGAGACUCUCUUUACACAGAAACACACAUCUCCUGGUCUUGCAUGAAUUAUGGUUCAUCUCUUUCUUCUAUUUCCCACCACCAUCCCAGCAGACGUACCACAAUCGACUCGACUUAACUUGAAGCAUAUUUUAAACACCCACUUUUCAAGAAGGCUUCGGUUUACGGUUUCACUACUCGUUUCUUUGUCCCGUACACAGCAGAGGUUGACGGGGUUGAACUCUAAAUGACCUUAUUCACAUGUUUUCAGUGGCCAUUUUGGACUUCUGUAGCUGUCAGGGUGGGAAGUCUAUCUAUACGAAAACAAGUCCAGCAAACCAGACUGAACAAAAACACAGAUGAUACACAUUGGGCCUCAUGCAGCAACAUUUUCUCCCAAAAGAAUAAACAAAAAAAGUCAACUCCAGAUGCACCAAAUGCUCUUAACUAUAAUCUAUAAUAAUAUUAAUUAGAUUUUUUUUUUUAUUCAUGCAUUUUUUUAUGUUUCUUAAAUUUAAAACAUAAGUUUCCUUGCAUUGGACAAACAAUUUGUGUGAGCUGGACUGUGAAAAUAAGAUGUUUUUGUCCAUCUUGGUAAGAGUGCUCUCCAUCGCUCCAAAAUAAGAAAACAUGGGUGGAUUCCCAGAAAUCAAUGGUGCUUAUAAGAUAAGAACAAAUUGUUGACACAAAAAAAAACAAGACGACACUCAUGCAUGUAUCGUUUCCUGCAUGGGGACCAAUGACUUUCUUUCCAUCACAGUUUGAUAUUUUCUGUAUCAUCCAUUCUUAUAAAGUUUGUUUUAUAAAGUUUGUUUUAUAGUAAGUUAAACCAUCGGAUAGGUCUGGUGCUGCAAUUGAUAAAAAAGUAAAUUAUUUGUCAUUUAUCAAGCAAACAUGCUGGUUCCAGCCUCUCAAAUGUGACAGUUUGCUGUUUUUCCCGCUACAUAAUUGUGAAUUUAUUGUAUUUGAAUUUAGUAUAUUUGGCAAGGCGGUUAAUUUAAAGAAGUCACUUUUGGUUUAGGAAAUUAGGUGUCACUAUUUUCUGACAUUUUUAAAGCUGCACUAGUGGACAUUUCUAUGUAAACAAUGACUGUGAAAGGGGUCAUUGGUAGUGAUGAACACACAGGGAAUUAUCACUCGACUCUGCAGCGUCUUUAGGUUCAUUGUUUUGGCGACUCAGCAGGCAGCUGUUUGCAGCAAAAAUGCUCUGAUAAACCCACUUUACACUACAGACAGAUUAAGCAGCUGAACAUAGUGGAUCUUCUAGCAGCUAAAGCAUCAGAUAUUUCUCUCAGGAGUUGGUGGAGACCAAAAACAGAGCUAAAAGGGGAGUAAAUAUUGCUUUUACAUUCAUUAGGUGACCAUAAACAAAUUAAUAUUAGUCUGUGUCUGAUGUACUGAUAUGCAACUUUUCUAAUUCGCUCAUCAACUUUUUAUGGUAGUAAAAAUACACUCAGUGGCUACUUUAUUUCAUACACCUGCUUGUUAAGGAAUGUUUCAAGCACCGGGUUGAAUGUUGGGUGCAGAGAUGGCUCCUAACCAGCAUUAGAAAGGUGUACCUAAUAAAGUGACAAUGUAGUGUUUGUCAAUGUUGUGUUUACAGCUUUUUGUGUUGCCCCCUGUUGGCCAUAAAAAAAAACCCCAAUAACUAAGAGAUUAAUCACUAAUGAUAGCUACACCCUUUCACUAUAGAGAGGAAAUGAAAUGACAUAUUGUUGUAGGUUGAACCGGAAGUUAGCAUGUUUUCUGCGUUUUGUUCGCAGGGUAAUCUUCAUAAAUAAACCACCACUUUAUGAUUUUUGAAGCGUUUAUGCAGCCGAUAGAAGUAAAAAAGCUAACAUUAUGCUAUAGUGAACUACUUCACGGUUGCAUGACUUGAACGCCACUACUGUUAGCUUAAGACUCUCUCAGACAAGCUAACUAGCCGUUUUGACAAGCUAGCGAAACCGUAGCCUGAUAAAUUGUUUAUUAACCUUAUCUACAAUCUACAAGAGUUUGCAAAAGCACUGAAAAACACGACUAGAGGCUGUAAGGUGGACUAGUGAGAGAGUUCCUGUCCUUGUCGACGUGACGCGUGAUGACGUUUUAUGUCCCCGACAACCACUGUAGUGUCAUUUAGCCCCUUGUUAGCAUCCACCUUUUUAAGGACACGUAAAAACUACAAAAUUCACAAGUGGUGGUGUUCACUAAUGUAUUUUAUGUCGUACAACAAAACACAAACAUUUCUUCGAACAUUAUUUACAGAACCAUGUAAAAUUCUCAUUGAGUUUGAGAGGAUGACCUCAGGGUGCUAACAUGCUUACCUACUUUCCUAGUUUAAGAACUCAUCCCUUGGGCGCCCUAUUUAAAAACAUUUUAAAAAGAAAGAAAAUCAGGCCAGUAGUUUUUCUGUAAUCCUGCUGACAAACAAACUGAAAAAUAACCUCCUUGGCGGAGAUAAUAAUCACCAGUUGCAGCCCUAUUUCAGCUGGUAAUGUAGCAUAAAGAAAAAGUCCUGUUGCGAUGGUUACUUACAGUUUAAUAUACCUUGCGCACUGAUUUAUGAUGGCGGUUAAACUGUUAAAGCAGAACUCUGUCUGAGACGUCUCGUUAUGUGAUUUUAAUGGAAACGGACCAGCCAACCAGAAACAACUAUCUUUAAACUCCUUUCACACCUCAUAUUCCUUCCUUGAAUCCUUUAAAAUCAGUUUCCUUCUCACAUGUUGUCAAGCGGAGAAACUAUGAAAUGAAAAUGUUGAUUUGAUCGCUAACGUUUGCAUGAUUUGGUACGCAGCAGUAGGACACAGCUGGGCUGCUCCUCCCACCCUGAGUAUUAAGUCCAAAUGGCCUUGAGGGGAAUGAGGCGAGUCAUGAGCACUUCCACACGCCUUAUUAUAAUACUGUAUUAAACUGUCAUUUGUAUGUGUUUGUGUGUGUUUGCAUAGUGACUUUUUGUGCAUGUUCAUACAUCCUGUAAAUAGAAUACUGUAAGUAUUUGACUGACACUGUGUGUAACGUGGUAACCUUACAAUACAAACACCACUCUGUCUAACAGUAUCACUGUACCUGUAAACGUUGCUGUAACAUUUGUCGUUAACUAACCUACCUUUUCCACUCACAAAAGUUUUUUUUUAAUUUGUAAGUGUCGUCAUUGCACUGGAUGCGUCCGAGAGAAAUCAACCAGAAAGACUUAAAAAAAAAUUUAAAAAUAAAAAAAUGUCUGGGAAAAUGAGACAAAUUAACAGACGGCAGACUUUUUUUAAAAAGGCAAGCAAGGAUGAGAAGAGGGACGUCUUCUGCUUUUGUUUUUUGUUUCCCAGUGCCUUGGCUCUGUGCUCUGUGGUGAAAUACACUGCCAUUUGCUGA